AUGAUGUCCGGCGAAUACACGAUCAUCGACAACCAAAAAGUCUCUGGAUCUGUACCUUUUGUUCCAGAUCCAGUCCAUGCCACCGUCGAAUUCGCCGCUUCGAGUGAUAAGGACCAUAAAUAUCUAAGCCAAGCUGUUGAAGAAGCAUACAUUGGAGUCGAGUGUGGUGAUGGCGGCCCGUUUGGAGCGGUUAUUGUUCAUAAGAAUGAGAUCGUUGUGAGCUGCCAUAAUAUGGUUUUCAAAUACAAAGAUCCAACUGCACAUGCUGAAAUCGUAGCCAUUAGAGAGGCAUGUAAGAAACUGAACGAAAUCAAGCUAUCAGAAUGCGAGAUUUACGCAUCAUGCGAGCCUUGUCCCAUGUGUUUUGGAGCCAUCCAUCUCUCAAGACUCAAGAGAUUGGUGUAUGGGGCCAAAGCCGAAGCAGCUGUAGCCAUCGGGUUCAAUAGCUGCAUAGCCAACGGUGUGAAAGGCACUGAGCUUUGCCAUAAAUCUAACCUAGAGAUCGUAAAACUCGAUGCGAGUAUCGCCGAGCAAGUUUUCCAGAAUACAAAAGAGAAGUUCAGUUUAUAG